GCGAAGAAUCUGAAUAUGAAUCAAGUAGUGAUGAUGAGUAUGAAAACAAAGAGCUAGAAGAUCGAGAUUGGUAUCCUCGAGCCCUCGAUACUUAUAUUAAUGCCCCCACUGAUCUUACACCACC